GCCGUCCCCGCCCGCCCGCCCGAGCGGGGUCGGGGGAGGGGGCAGCAUGGCCUGUCCGUCCGGCCCCCUUCGCCGCGCUCCUCAUCUGCCCCGCGCCGAGCGCCGCCGCCGCCGCCGCCGCCGCUCCGCUGCCCGCGCCGCCCGCGGCUCCCGAUGGAGACUGACGCGCCCCAGCCCGGCCUCGCCUCCCCGGACUCGCCGCACGACCCCUGCAAGAUGUUCAUCGGAGGACUCAGUUGGCAGACCACGCAGGAAGGGCUGCGCGAAUACUUCGGCCAGUUCGGGGAGGUGAAAGAGUGUCUGGUGAUGCGGGACCCCCUGACCAAAAGAUCCAGGGGUUUCGGCUUCGUCACUUUCAUGGACCAGGCGGGGGUGGAUAAAGUGCUGGCGCAAUCGCGGCACGAGCUCGACUCCAAAACAAUUGACCCUAAGGUGGCCUUUCCUCGGAGAGCACAGCCUAAGAUGGUCACCCGGACGAAGAAGAUCUUCGUGGGGGGGCUGUCUGUGAACACUACAGUGGAAGAUGUGAAACACUAUUUUGAGCAGUUCGGAAAGGUGGAUGAUGCUAUGCUGAUGUUCGACAAAACCACCAACAGGCACAGAGGGUUUGGGUUUGUCACGUUCGAGAGUGAGGACAUCGUAGAGAAAGUGUGUGAGAUCCAUUUCCAUGAAAUCAACAACAAAAUGGUGGAAUGCAAGAAAGCUCAGCCAAAGGAGGUGAUGUCCCCAACGGGAUCAGCCCGGGGCAGGUCUCGGGUCAUGCCCUACGGAAUGGAUGCCUUCAUGCUGGGCAUUGGCAUGCUGGGUUACCCAGGUUUCCAAGCCACGACCUACGCUAGCCGGAGUUACACAGGUCUUGCCCCUGGUUACACCUACCAGUUCCCCGAAUUCCGUGUAGAGCGGAGCCCUCUCCCGAGCGCCCCAGUCCUCCCCGAGCUUACAGCCAUCCCUCUCACAGCUUAUGGGCCCAUGGCGGCAGCGGCAGCGGCGGCAGCUGUAGUUCGAGGGACAGGCUCUCACCCCUGGACGAUGGCUCCCCCUCCAGGUUCCACUCCCAGCCGCACAGGGGGCUUCCUGGGGACCACAAGCCCCGGGCCCAUGGCUGAGCUCUACGGGGCAGCCAACCAGGAUUCGGGGGUCAGCAGUUACAUCAGCGCCGCCAGCCCCGCCCCCAGCACUGGUUUCGGCCACAGUCUUGGGGGUCCCUUGAUUGCCACAGCCUUCACCAAUGGGUACCACUGAAGCAGGGAGGAGGUGGCAGGAGCGCCCCAGCCUGCAGCUGACUGAGGACCAGAGUGAGCCAGCAAGGGGAUUGGGACACCUCAGCCGCAGCAGCCCAGCCCCUUGGCUGCAACUCGGACCGCUACUGCCUGUCCCUCAACCCCUGGGCCCAGCCCCCGCCCUGCCACCCCAAGUCUGGCUCCCCUACUAACCUCCCCUGUUCUGACCUUACCUCUCUCCCUGGUCGCUUUUAUUUAUUUUGGAUUAGCCAGUUGCCCUUCCCCCACCAGGUCUGCCCUCGGGUCUGCCCCAUCCCUCCGCGCUGCCCCCUUUAGGACACCACCAGGAAGGCUUUUGUAUCUGCAUAGCUGGAGGGCGGGCAGAGGGGGCCUGCUGCAGACCGAGGCCCCAACCCAUUUUUUUGUUUGUUUGUUUUUUUAUUCUGGCUUUUCCCUCUUUUGCUCUUUACUUUUUUUUUUUUUAAGAAACUUUUUAAACUAUUUCUAGGUUUGUGAAUGUGAAGCCCCAGGCCGCAGGGGGCAAGGGGCCAGGUGUCCCCCCACCAGCUGAGAACUAGUGUCUAUGUGGGUGUGGGUUCCUGGCCUCCUCCCUCCAGCCUUGGAGAGGAGGGCAGGGCUGCGGGGUAGGCCAGGCCGAGCCCCUGGAGCCAUCCCGUCCUGUAUCAUAUGUAAAUACUGUGAGGUGAAGCCCUACCCCACCCUUCUCUAAGACCUCACUGGGCAAAGGUCCCCCACUCCCUUUCUCCCUGUCUCUGACCCUUCCUCCUCAGACACCUUUACUGUAAGCUUGCAGACCUCAGCUCUGGCCACGACAGGCCCACACUCUCAGGCCCUCCCCGGGUUCAAGGCCUUGGGUGGACUCUCCCCAAAAACCCCCGGUUGCAGGGCAAAGGGCCAGGGAAGAAGAGGGCUUGCCCAGAGCCACUGCUGGGAAGGAAUUGGCUCUCCAAAAGGCACCUCCUGGCCCUGGCCUAGGUGGGACCUUCAUGGUUUCUGCUUUGAGCACCCCCUACACCCCACCCCACCCCCAUGCCCUUCCCUGCCAUGAGUAAGCAUCGGGAAGCGCUUCAGCAAGGAGUAGAUACCAGGAAAGCAAAGGGCUUCUCAGGGAACCCCCACAUUCUCACUGAAGUUUCCCAUCAGAAUAGCCCCGUGACCAGAGCCCUUGGUAAUCCCCCCUACUCUGGAGCGCCUUUCAGAGGCAAAAAAACGGGCUCAGGGUUUGAACAUGAGGUGAGACCUGGCGUGGCAGGGCUGAGUCUACCUGCUGUCACCCCCUCUGUCCUUCCCAAGGCUAGGGGCUCAAGCUCCCUUCCCCAGCAGAGCCCUAGGCCUUCAAAGCCCCCUUGGGAGAGUUAACUGUCCAUGUGAGGCGCUCACUCAACCAAUAAGCCCCGAGAACUCAAAGCAAUAAUCUUUGUCACCGAGAUGCGCGGCUGUUUGCGUUUGUUGUUGGGUUUUUUUUUGUUUUUGUUUUUGUUUUUGUUUUUUUGUUUUUAAUAUUUCCUAAUAAAAGAGAAGCUGCAUUUUAUUGGAUUUUAUCUUUAAUUUUUCUACACAUCUGAGCUGAGCCCAGGAGACUUUGGUUUCCUUUUUCCUCCCAUCCCUGGACACUCUCACCCCACUGGGCCUAACUGUGGGUUUGGGUACCUGGAUUUAUAGUUCUGAUUCUUUUGAGAAGGAAAAAAAAAAAAACUUUCUUUUUAAGAUGUUACAUGGUGUUGUGAAGCCAGCAAGUUCCACCGUCGGUGUCUUUUCCCUCUGCAUCUGUAACUUCUUUUCCAGGUUUUAUUUUGUUUUAAAUUCCUAAUAAAUUAUUUGAAAAUAA